AUGAGCGCAUCGUUGGUUCAGCUGUACUGUUAUGAUAUCAGCGGUGGAAUGGCGGCUAGUAUGAGUCUCAUGCUAGUUGGUCGCCAUAUUGACAGUAUUUGGCAUACCGCUAUUGUUGUGUAUGGAAAGGAAUUCUACUUUGAUGGUGGUACGGGUAUUGUGUAUGAGUCACCAGGGCGAACUCGCUUUGGAACCCCAAAACGUGUGGAGUCUUUAGGCACAACAAACAAAACAGAGUCGGAGUUUCUUGCAUGGACGCAGCAACAGCGGCGACAAGGAGGAUUCGGUCCAAAUGAUUACAGUUUACUUAAUCGCAACUGCAAUCACUUUACACAAGUGGCAGCCCAAUUUCUAGUGGGACGUGAUAUCCCGGAUGAUAUUCGUAAUAUGAUUCCCACGCUGCUGAGCACACCGCUGGGCAAUAUGCUGCGGCCCAUACUCGAGCGAAUCACAACAGCACCAGCAGGAGGAACUUCGACACCAGCAACGCAGCCAACACGUGAGUUGCCCUCAACGAGUCAAACGAAUUGUAAUGGACUGUUGUCUAGGAAAAAUCAGUUUACACCAGAUGAAGAAGAUGAUUUAAUGCUGGCUUGUACAAUGCUGCAAAGUAAUGAAUGGCUAUCUGCAGGAACAGAAGAAGGACUUGAUAUGACGUUGGGUGCGGUAACACAAUUGAGAAGUGUGAUGACAAAUAUUCUACAAAAUCCCACAGAGUCUAAAUAUCGUGGUCUUUCAACAAGUAGUAAAAGUUAUGCAGAACAUCUAUUACCACUAGAAGAGUUUGGUCUCCUUGAAAUAUUGCGUUUGUGUGGAUUUCGUCUUCGUCAACACCCUUCAGGAACUGGACAACAAUGGUAUUUGAGUGACGCGGAUGGGAAUGAAGAUAUUCUUACUAUUGUAACCAUUCGUUUAAAUGAACUCAUGGAUGCGAUAAAGGCAGAUGCACCAUCCUACGCAGCAAAAAAAGAAGUCCAUACAAAUAAGGAAACUUGUCCUCAAAGUAUUGCUGGGAAUACAACAACAGAAGAUUCUAUGAUGGACAUUAUGUUGCAUAAUGCUGGUAAACCAAUUUCUUCUCUUGCUGAAUUAUUGAAAUGGUCUGCAGAUAAACCGGCUCCUAUUAGACCUGCUGUACCGUGUAGAUCUCGUGUAAAUAGUAAUACCCGUGAAGAUUAUCCACGAUUACUGGUCUGUCAUGACAUGUGUGGUGGAUAUCUUCCUGGUGAUUAUCCCCGUUUUGCACUAUGCGAUUCUACUUCAGUGACUCCUGUUGUAGAUGUAAGCUACACAAUAAAUUAUUGGCAUCUUGUGGAUUAUUUUGUUUACUUUUCACACCAUCGUGUUACUAUUCCUCCAAAAGAAUGGAUUAACGCUGCACAUCGUGAAGGUGUACCAGCACUUGGUACUUUUAUAAGUGAAGGCGAUGGAUUGGAUGUACGUAUGUUGGUACAUGAUGCAAAGGAAAUGAGUAAAGUGAUUAGUAAACUUGUGGAACUUUGUAAUGCGUACAACUUUGACGGUUAUCUUAUUAACAUUGAAAGUGAUAUUGAUCAAGUACUGGCAAGUCGUCUUGUUACCUUUACAUCUAUGCUUCGUCAGACACUUAACAAACGUCGCCCCGUCUCAUCCUGUGAGCGGGUUGUGAUAUGGUAUGAUGCUGUUACUAUAGAGGGUAAAGUGCAUUAUCAAAAUAGCCUCUCUUUAAAGAAUAAACCAUUCUUUGAAGCUGCUAAUGGUUUAUUUACAAAUUAUGGAUGGAACCCUUUACGUUUGGGUAUGUCAGAGGCGUUAGCAGGAGGUCGUGCCCAUGAUGUUUAUGCUGGAGUGGAUGUGUUUGGUCGAAGUGGUAUGUAUGGUGGUGGGGGUUACAACUGCAAUCUGGCUGUGGGAUGUACGGCGGCAGCGAAACUCUCCGUGGCCCUCUUCGCACCGGGAUGGACAUUAGAAAAUGAGGGGCAUAAACAGCGAGAGACAUUUUUACGUGCAAAUGCCACCAUGUGGUCUAAAAUGCAGGAUUUCUUUAAUACGAAAUGUCUUGUGUAUGAGAGUUUACCUGUAUGGACCUGUUUUCGUUCUGGAGUGGGGAAACAAUUUUAUGUGAAUGGGGAAUGUGUGGUGGGUGGAGGAGGAGUCUCUUCAUCUGUGGAGUGGUGUCAACUUUCACAAACACAGUUGAAUCCAUCUUAUCAAUUUUCACAUGGGAAGAAUGCGAAAGAUACGUGGUGUGUGCUUUCAAUGGAGGGAGAAGGAGAAGGUUCAACUGUUACUAAGCCACACGGUGUGAUUCCUCUGGAAUGGAAAAGUGAAACUGCAUGGAUGGGUGAUCGUAGUAUGUGUUUUGAUGUUCCUUCUCGCUCUGCGGUGAUACUUGUACGAUGGAAAGUAAAUAUAAGUGAAUCCAACAGUAAAAGUGAUGGAGGAAAUAGAGCAUUGGCAUUUCUUGAUAUUGCAUGGCAUCGUAAAUCUAACACCCAUCAUUCAUGCAAAGUACGAGUUGAAGGUAUUUGUGAUGAUUCCACUACACAAAUUGUUUUUGGUAAUAAUGAUUCUAGUAAUGGUUUGGAAAUGAAAACUCUCAUAACUGUGGGUGAGUGGGAAAUUGUACGCUACAUCAUUCCCUUACAUACACGAUGGACUCAUUUAACUUCUGUGGCUGUAUUAAAUACAUCUGCAGAUACUCCAAUCCAAUGUACGGUGGGAGGCAUUGCGAUUACACAAGCCUCUGAUAGUAAUAAUGAUAGUAUCUUGCUAGUGGGUGCCGCAAAACAACUAUCCCCGGAUAUGUAUCAUGUUAAACACGUAAAGAAACACCCAACCAUUAAACUGAUUCAGAUAAAUAUGCCAAAGGAUAUAUUACAAUGGGAGAAUGUUUUAUUAUUUGCAAAGGUGAGCACUGGAGGUGAGAAGUCUAUUUGUGUAUACAUGGGACAACAUGUGGUGGAAUCAGCAAUGUGGGUUCAACUAAACGUACCAACGUCUGCGGUGGUGCAGGAGAUAAGUGUCCGUCGUAUCCCAUCAAUCCAUUGA